UUUCGGCCGUAGUCUGGAAGUUUAAGUCGUAUCGCGCGGUCGAUCCUCUCGAAACCCCCCUGUAAAGACUUCGUGAUAAUAGUCCAGAACUCAGCAGUGUCCGAGAAGUCGUUAUCAAAGCUGGAACACUCGCUGCGUACUGCAGAACUGAUCGAUGAAUCCAGAAUCUACUUAUUGUGUUGGCGUUGCUAUUAAAGGAUUUAUUUAGCAACUGCAAGGAUUGUGUGCAAUUUCGUGAAUAUCUUCAAGUUGUGUGUGGUUGCUACAAUAGUGUGCUGCUCUACGAAACAUUAGAGUGGUCUGAGGAAAAGAGUUUCAACUCGUCAGAAAUGUUGUUAAGGUGUAUCAGAUUUAAACCUAUACCGCAUAUAGAUAGUUCUUGACUAUCGCGUUAAAAAUCAACAAACAAAACCCAGCAGGAGUUUGGACUAACAGUGGAAGGUCGCCAACCACCAUCAUCUGGUGAACCUAAUCAACCACGCGGAAACGCAAUAAGUCCGAUUUCACGCUACAAAGCGUUCGAGCCUCCGUCCGCCUUUUUUCUUUCGUUCUGUUCUUAAACCGUCCCCUCAAGCAACACCCCAGUGCCGCUCCUCCAGAGUCUAUCAACAACAUCGAGCUUAUCAACUUAAGUACCCACUAGAAUGGCACUCGACUUCGCUGCAGGAUGUCUUGGAGGAUGUGCCGGCGUUCUCGUCGGUUACCCCUUCGACACGGUCAAAGUUCACCUGCAGACGCAAAACCACAGGAAUCCACUGUACAAAGGUACCCUCGAUUGCUUCCGCAAAAUCAUAGCCAAGGAGAGCGUUAGCGGUUUGUACCGGGGAAUGUCCAGCCCAAUGGCCGGUGUGGCGGCCGUCAAUGCGAUCGUAUUUGGCAUCUACGGAAACGUCCAGAGGAAGAUGUCCGAUCCCGAAUCGUUGUACUCCCAUUUCCUGGCGGGAAAUGCCGCUGGUUUAGCACAGAGCUUCAUUUGUUCACCUAUGGAGCUGGUGAAGACGCGAAUGCAGCUGCAGGAAAAUCUGCCUGGAGAAGCAACCAAAUUCAAAGGUCCGCUGCAAUGCACGAGGCAUAUUUGGAGGGCAGAAGGAUUUCGGGGGAUUUUCCGAGGUCUCGGAAUUACUGCUGCCCGUGAUAUGCCUGGAUUUUCGAGCUACUUUGUGUCGUAUGAACUAAUGGUCCGAUCGGUUAGUAAUCCUUCGCCGUUUGUUAUACUGAUGGCUGGUGGUUUAGCGGGGACCAUCUCGUGGUUGUUAACAUUCCCCAUCGAUGUAAUAAAAUCAAGACUGCAAGCGGAUGGAAUGACUGGAAAACCGAAGUAUAACGGUAUUGUAGACUGCUUACGCAGAAGCCAUGCAGAGGAAGGUUUGUCGUUUCUUUCACGUGGACUCGCAUCAACACUCAUGCGAGCGUUUCCAAUGAAUGCUGUGUGUUUCCUCAUUGUUUCCUAUGUUAUGAAGUACUUUGACGAACCUAGCAUAGCACUGGAUCUGAGUCCUCCGGUAGAGCCCCUAUUGAUAGUACAACAACCUGCAGGAAAAAUGGCACUGGCGAAACGUUGCCCUGAACCGUACGACAGCCAAUCGAACAGCAUAAGCAUCCAGCAGAAUACAUUCCGAUUUCUGAAGUUUCUCGGAGCAUUCAGCGAAGCUGUAUGUUGUGCUGAAAUGGACGAACUCGCACAUGAUUUACAUGGCCAGGAAAAUGGCGGAUAUUACUACUCAAAACUGAACGAAUACCUAAGAACGACGGACGACGACUACUGCCGCCGAUUUCCCUUUGUAGACUAAAGCUAAGCUUUUUAUGCAUUUAAAACAAAACUCAGUGCUUUAUUUGUUUUGUUGAUUCAAAAUAGAAAAAUUAUUUAAUUGUU